ACAAAGGGGUCUAUAAAUUAGAUGAAGGAAGCCUCAAGUAAGUUAAGUACUUCACACUUAACACCAUUCUCUCCAAGAUUAACCAAAUCAAGAAAAACCAGAAAGGGAAGAUAAAUAAAAGAUGUGGGAUGAAACUUUUGCCGGACCUAAGCCGGAGCAUGGCCUUGGCCGCCUCCGCAAGAAGAUCACCGCCCAACCCCUUGACAUCAAAGGUGUGGGAGAAGGGAGCAGUAGCAAAACUGUGUCGGCAGUUGCGGGGAGUCCUGGAACUCCGACGACGCCAGGAUCGGCACGUAAGGAGAACGUGUGGAGAAGUGUGUUUCAUCCAGGGAGUAACAUAGCCACUAGAGGAAUGGGCACAGACCUCUUCGACAAGCCUUCUCAUCCAAACUCUCCCACAGUCUACGACUGGCUGUACAGCGACGAUACUAAGAGCCAGCACCGUUGAGCGGAGAGAAGAUGGAGUGACUGACAUACGUGCCGGUGACUUGGAUAUCAUGUCUUGCUUCCGCCACGUGUUUGUUUGCUAGUUUUGCUUUGUAUUCGCAACUUUUUUUUUUUGUUUUCUUGUCGUUUGUGGUUGUUAGUGAAUAGUGACCGUUCGAUCUCCACCAUCUGGCUUGGUUUUGACGGUGGUGAUACGUCCUGUUGUCUCUUGUAAUGUUUCUACUGUUCGGUAAUAUAACUACAGUAUUUAGUUUCUAACAA